AUGGUUGGGCGUGAAGAGCAAGGCCGUGGAACUUGGACGACUUCGUUCUCUUUCAGGUCUUUAGACGUACAGCGCAGCUCCGAAGCACUAGGGUCCUCUUCGGAAACGCUUCCUUCUUCAGAAGGCGUUACUCGGUCCGCCCUGGCAGCCGCAACCGCAGCAGCUGCUUCGGCUGCUUCAGCUGCAUCAGCUGCUGCAGCCACUGCAGCCGCCUCUAUUGCCAAAGCAGCUGCAUUAUCUACAAAGAUCACAGGGCCCUACUCUCAGCCCAUUCUUCUCACCGAUCCCUCCUCUGACCUCAGUUUUCUUGGGUAUCCCUAUGCUGGAUCCAGUUUUACCCACAAAAUAGGCCAUGGGAGUCUUGGCUUUGAGCCCACUUAUGUUUCCUGUGUUGCUCAGGAUCCCGGUACUACAACUGACAGCUGUCCCUCUUACCAUCCUCGUGGCUCUAGCUCUGGUCCUGUUCCUGACUCUAGCUCUAGUACUCGCUGGGACUCUGGCCCUGGCCAUGGCUCUGGUCAAGGCUCAGGCUCUGGCUUUGGCUGUGGCUCUGGCCCUGGCCGUGGCUCUGGUCAAGGCUCUGGCCGUGGUCCAGGCGCUGGCCCUGGUCCAAGCACUGCCCCUGGCCCUAAGCUCAGAAACCCUAGAGCAGAUCCGGUCCCUACUUCCACCUCCUGGAGUCAGCAGUGCUACCUGGAGCCUCAGAAACAGCCAUCCUGGGAAUUUUUGCAAGUCCCAGAACCUGGUGCCCGAGGGCUAUGGAAACCCUCAAAGGUUGAAGGGAAAUCUAACCUAAGGGAAAUCUCUGAAACAUUGCCACGGGGCCAGUGUCUCCUCUACAACUGGGAGGAGGAGAGAGCUACCAACCACCUGGAUCGAGUCCCAAGCACGCAGGAUGGCUGUGAGAGUUUCUUCUUCCGACACGGACACCGAGGACUGCGGACCCUGCAGCUACAGUCCCCCAUGCCCUCCAGCACCACCCAAAAAGACUCUCACCAGCCCCCAGCAAACCUCUAUCCAUCACUUCGAGGGAAGCGGGAAGCCAUGUUGGAGAUGCUCCUGCACCACCAGAUCUGUAAGGAGGUGCAGGCAGAGCAGGAACCCACAAGGAAGCUCUUUGAGACUCAGUCUGUGACACACCAUGACUACCGAAUGGAGCUGGUGCAGUCAGGGCCUCCUGCCCCCACCAAGCCCCACGACUACCGUCGGGAGCAGCCUGAAACCUUCUGGCUACAGAGGGCACCACAGCUACCGGGUGUCAGUAAUAUCAAGACACUGGACACACCAUUCCGGAGAAACUGCAGCUUCACAACACCAGUGCCCUUGUCCCUGGGGCAGCCUUUGCCCUAUGAACCUGAGAAUUACCCCCACCAAUUGGGAGAAAUGUCUUCCCUUGCCUGCCAGGGGGAGGGCAGUGUGGUAGAGAGGGGUUAACUACUCCUGCCUAAGA